AUGCUUGCACAUAGCACUUUAUUAAUAUUCGUUGCUGUUUUUCAGAUUUCGACUUCCCAAGGUCCACCGCCUUUACCUCCAAAUCUACCCAAAGAAUGCUUACAGCCUCCUCCUGUUGACAACCCACGAAAGUGCUGCGAUAUUCCGCCAAUAUUCAGAGAUGAGGACUUCCAAGGUUGUGGUUUUAAAAAAGUUAACGAGGGAAUGCCUGAUGUUCCGCGAGGACCACCUGAAUGUUCCAAACAAAUAUGCUUGCUAAAGACACGCAACCUCGUGAAAGACGAUGACACAAUUGAUCGGGAAGCAGUUUCGAAAUUCAUGGAUACAUGGGCUGAACCUUACCCGGAGUUCAAACCGACAGUGGAAUCAGCUAAGGAAAAAUGUCUAGGCGGGGAGCUUCCAGGCCCCCCAGAAAUUUGUGACGCUAAUAAAAUGGUGUUUUGCAUGAGUUCCAUCCUAUUUAUGGAAUGUCCCAAAUGGAAAAACGAACUAGAAGACUGCAGGGCACUCAAAAAUCAAAUCGACACAUGCGAAAAAUAUUUUCCUCACUAA